CUGGCCCAGUGGCGCACACAUCUCAACAAGCGUGUUGCGUUUUAGGCUCGAAGAGCGCGUGUGCGUGUCAUGACGACUCCAAGGAUGCAUCGUGCAACGGCGGCCGCCUUCCUGUUGGUGGCGCUGUGCUCGCUGGCCGGCGUGGACGCGUCGGCCUACGACAAGAUCGUCAGCCACAGCCGCAUCAGGGCCAGAACCGAGGGGCCCAACGUGUGCGCCCUGCAGCAGGUUCUAGGGACCAAGAAGAAAUACUUCAGCACCUGCAGGAACUGGUACAAAGGCGCCAUCUGUGGCAAGAAGGCCAUGGUGGUGUACGAGUGUUGUCCAGGCUACAUGCGCCUGGAAGGUAUGAAAGGAUGUCCUGCAGUGGCUCCCAUUGAGCACGUGUACGGCACCCUGGGCCUAGUGAAGGCCACGGAGACGCAGCAGUACGCUGACAUCUCCAAGCUGAGGGAGGAGCUGGAGGGCGGCGGCUCCUACACCAUGUUCGCGCCCAGCAACGACGCCUGGGACCUGCUUGACACCAGCGUGCGUUCGGCGCUGGUGAACAACGUGAACAAGGAGCUGUACAACGCCUUGCGCUUCCACAUGCUCAGCACGCGCCUGCUGACCAAAGACAUGAAGGACGGCAUGAGCGUCACGUCCAUGCACGACCGCUUGGGGCUUCGCGUCAACCACUACGCCAACGGGGUGGUGACGGUCAACUGCGCCAGGAUCAUCCACGCCAACCAGGUGGCCACCAACGGCGUGGUGCACGUCGUCGACCGAGUCAUCAGCAGCGUCACCAACACCAUCAAAGGCGUUCUGGACGUGGAGGAUGAGCUCUCGUCCUUUAGCGGCGUGGCGUUGGCCUCGGGCAUGAUGGACAAGCUGGACCAGCCGGGACACUACACGUUGUUUGCCCCCACCAACGCCGCCUUCAACCGCUUAGGACCAGGCCACCUGGAGCGCUUCAUGUCAGACAAGGAUGUCAUUGCAGCUCUGGUCAACUACCACCUCCUGAAGAGCGUCCAGUGUUCAGAAGCCAUCGUGGCUGGCUCGGUGUACGAAACCGAGGAGGGCAGCAGCGUGGAGGUGGGCUGCGACGGCGACAGUCUGACGGUCAACGGCAUCAAGAUGGUGCUGAAGAAGGACAUCGUCACCACCAACGGCGUCAUCCACCUCAUUGACCAGGUUCUGAUGCCAAACUCGGCCAAGGAUGUGAUGGAACUGAUGGAUAAAGGCCAGAGUACCUUCGGUGACAUGGUCUCAGAACUGGGUUUAGCAGCCGCCUUGGGUCCCAAGAGGGAGUACACGCUCCUCGCCCCGAUCAACUCAGCUUUCACCAAUGAGGUGAUGGCGACCGACCAGACGGCGCUGAGGUACCUUCUGCAAAACCACGUCUUGAAGCUGAAGGUCACGCUAAACGAGCUCUACAACGGCCAGCUGCUGGAGACGAUGGCUGGAAAGUUUCUACGAGUCUUCAUUUACCGCACGGCGGUGUGCAUCGAGAACGCCUGCAUGGUUCGCGGUAGCAAGCAAGGAAGCAACGGGGUCCUCCACCUCAUCAGGACCAUCAUCAGACCGUCGGAGAAGACCACCUACGACAUCCUCAAAGCCGACGGACGCUUCAAAAUUUUCCUGGCACUGAUAGAGACGGCCGACCUGAGCGAGCUGCUGAAGCAGGAGGGCUCGUUUACCGUCUUCGCGCCGACGGACGACGCCUUCGCGGACCUGAGCCAAGAAGACAUGGCGCUGCUGAAACGCGAUCCGACGGCGCUGAGGACCAUCUUGCUCUACCACAUCAGCCGCGGCAUCUUCAUCAAUGGCGGCCUGGAAGGGGGCGUGACCAAUUUGCUGAAGACGCUGCAGGGAAGGAACCUCCAAGUUUUGUCUGUGAACGACUCCAUUCAUGUCAACUCGGUGGACGUACCUGACAGUGACUUGAUGGCCACCAACGGCGUGAUCCACGUGGUGAAGAACCUUCUCUAUCCAGCAGAUCUUCCAGUGGGUCGCGAGGACCUUCUGUUCAUCCUCAGGAAGCUCAUCAAGUACAUCAAGAUUCGGUACGUGUCAGGAUUCUCUUACUCGGAAAUCCCGCUCACCUUUGUCAGGAGGACCAUCACUACCACAGAGUACACCCAGAAAGUACCCGAAGAAACCGAAGUGAUCCGGGUCAUCGAAGAGCAACCGUCCAUCACCAAGGUGGUUGAAAGCCAACCCUCCAUCACCACGGUAACGCGGGUCAUCGAAACGGAGCCGACGCACACCCGGGUGGUGGUGGACGGCAAACCCUCGGUCACCACGGUAACGCGGGUCAUCGAAACGGAGCCGACGCACACCCGGGUGGUGGUGGACGGCGAACCCUCGGUCACCACGGUAACGCGGGUCAUCGAAACGGAGCCGACGCACACCCGGGUGGUGGUGGACGGCGAACCCUCGGUCACCACGGUAACGCGGGUCAUCGAAAGCGACCCCGUCGUCACCCGGGUGGCGGUGCGGGGCGAGCCGGUGAUCACCGAGGUAACCGGCGUUGUCGAGAAGCAGCCAACCGUUACCAAGGUAACCCGAGUGAUCAGUGAGCCCGGCGUAACCAAGCUGACCAGAGUCAUUGACGGUGGACAGGCCGCAUCGGAAAGCGAGACCAUUGCAGGUGAAACGAUGUUCCCCGCCGGGUUCCAGCCGCAUAUCAUCGAGGGGCCGGACUUCUCCAGGAUCACCACCAUCCACAGCGACCCUAACCUGAUUGAACAGGAGUCGGAUAGAAUCACCAAACUCAUCCAAGCGGGCGGGAAGUUCGGCGCCGCCAGGAAGGCUCCAGCCGGUAUGAGGAGGAGGAGGACACGCUUGGUCAAGCGUCACCGCAAGGCCACGCCCCAGUGAAGAAAGAAUCCAGCGCCGAUGGAUCAAGCGAGACGCAUAAAAGCUCAUCUCGGUUCUAUUUUUAUAUUUCCAAUGAGGAAAAAAAAAACAGAUUGUGACAUGUAUGAAUUCUUGCAAUGCUUUCAAUGGUGCUUGCAUUCACCACAAUGGAUGCGUCGGAAAUGUUCCCCACAAUUAAUUUCAUUCUGUAAAUUAUCUCAAGGUCAAUAAAUACAUGGAGUCCAAACUG